CGAGGGGGGAGGGGCAGCAAUGGCGGCUCUGCGCGUGCUCGUGGGGGUGAAGCGCGUCAUUGACUUCGCCGUCAAGGUGAGGGUGGCGCCAGGUGGGGCCGGGGUGCAGAGCCAGGGCGUGAAGCACUCGCUGAACCCGUUCUGUGAGAUCGCCCUGGAAGAGGCCGUGAGGCUGCGGGAGGGCGGGGCCGCCUGCCAGGUGAUCGCGGCCAGCGUGGGGACCAGAGCCAGCCAGGAGUCCCUGCGCACGGCCCUGGCCCUGGGCGCUGACCGGGCGGUGCUGGCCGAGGUGGGGGAGGGGGUGGCCGUGGGGCCCCGCGAGGUGGCCACGGCGCUGGCGGCGCUGGCCGGGCGCCUGCAGCCGCACCUGGUGCUGCUGGGCAAACAGGCCAUCGAUGACGAUUGCAACCAGACCGGGCAGCUCCUCGCCGCCAUCUUGGACUGGCCUCAGGGCACGUUUGCGUCGCGGCUGGAGCUGGAGUCGGGCGCGGUUCGGGUGCAGCGGGAGGUGGACGGGGGCCUGGAGACGCUGCGGCUGCGGCUGCCGGCGGUGCUGACGGCGGACCUGCGGCUCAACGAGCCCCGCUACGCCACGCUGCCCAACAUCAUGAAAGCCAAGAAGAAGCCCCUGGAGGUGAUUCCGGCGGCGGAGCUGGGCGUGGCCGGCGGCCCCGCCCGCCUGAAGGUGCUGCAGGUGCAGGAGCCGCCGCCCCGCGCCGCCGGGGAGAAGGUGGAGAGCGUGGAGGCGCUGCUGGAGAAACUGAGGCACAGCGGCCGCAUCUGAGCCCCGCCCACCGCCGCGACGGGCCGGUCCGGUUGGGUCCGGUUGGGUCCAUUAAGAACCAGUUGGGCCCAGUUGGUUCCAGUUGGUCCCAGUUGAUCCCAGUUGUUGGUUCUGGUUGGGUCCAGUUGGGUGCGGUGGAUUCCAGUUGGUCCCAGUUGGGUCCAGUUGGUUCCUAUUGGUUCCAGUUGCUGGUUCCAGUAAGAACCAGUUGGUUCUUCCAGUUGGUUCCAGUAAGAACCAGUUGGGUCCAGUUGGUUCCAGUUGGUUCUUCCAGUUGGUUCCAGUAAGAACCAGUUGGGUCCAGUUGGUUCCAGUUGGUUCUUCCAGUUGGUUCCAGUAAGAACCAGUUGGGUCCAGUUGGUUCCAGU